CCGACGAUGAGCUACGCCGCGCACAAGAUGAUGCACUGGCCGACGGGCAUCGAGAAUUGCGCCGCCGGCUUCAUCACGCAUUCUCGAGCCGACUUCGUCCCUCGAAUCCCUCAGAUUCAGACCGACGACCUCGACUCCGAUUGGCCCGCCCCGCGCCGCGAAAUCGGCCCCGUCCCCAACCUCGUCGUCACCGCCGCGAAUGUCCUCGAAGUCUACGUCGUCAGAGUCCAAGAGCAAGACACCGCCAGGGGGUCUAGAGCUUCUGGAGAGUCCAAACGCGGCGGUCUCAUGGACGGCGUCGCCGGAGCUUCGCUCGAACUCGUCUGUCACUACAGAUUGCACGGCAAUGUGAUGACAAUGGCGGUGUUAUCUAGUGGAGGUGGUGAUGGUUCUAAAAGAAGAGAUGCUAUUAUCUUAACCUUCGAAGAUGCGAAAAUUUCAGUACUAGAGUUUGAUGAUUCGAUUCAUGGACUUCGCACUAGCUCUAUGCACUGCUUUGAGGGCCCAGAGUGGCUUCAUUUGAGAAGAGGUAGAGAAUCGUUUGCAAGAGGCCCAUCAGUAAAGGUUGAUCCUCAAGGCAGAUGUGGAGGUGUUCUUGUUUAUGAUUUGCAACUGAUAAUACUUAAAGCUGCUCAGGGUGGCUAUGGUUUGGUUGGGGAUGAUGAUGGGUUUGCAUCUGGUGCUGCAAUUUCUGCUCGUGUUGAGUCAUCUUACAUUAUUAGUCUACGAGACAUGGACAUGAAGCAUGUAAAGGAUUUUACAUUUGUACAUGGUUACAUUGAGCCCGUUUUGGUUAUCCUUCAUGAGCGGGAGCUUACUUGGGCUGGGCGUGUCUCAUGGAAGCACCAUACAUGUAUGAUUUCCGCGCUUAGUAUCAGCACAACUUUGAAGCAGCAUCCUCUGAUAUGGUCAGCUAUUAAUCUCCCACAUGAUGCUUAUAAGCUACUUGCUGUGCCAUCUCCAAUUGGUGGUGUUCUUGUCAUCAGUGCAAAUUCUAUUCAUUAUCAUAGUCAGUCGGCUUCAUGUGCAUUGGCAUUAAAUAGUUAUGCUGGUUCUGUUGAUAGCAGUCAAGAGAUGCCAAGAUCUAGUUUUACUGUGGAGCUCGAUGCUGCCAAUGCUAGUUGGUUGUCGAAUGAUGUCAUUUUGUUGUCUACAAAAACUGGGGAGCUCUUAUUGCUCACCCUUGUUUAUGAUGGAAGGGUUGUGCACAGACUUGAUCUUUCAAAGUCUAAAGCUUCAGUACUUACAUCGGGAAUCGCAACAGUUGGAAAUUCAUUAUUCUUUUUAGGCAGUCGGUUGGGAGACAGUUUGCUUGUGCAGUUUACUAGUGGAGUAGGGGCCUCAAUGUUGUCAGCUGAUUUGAAGGAUGAGGUAGGAGAUAUCGAAGGUGAUGCCCCAUCAGCUAAGCGAUUGCGAAUGUCAUCUUCUGAUGCAUUGCAAGACAUGAUUAGUGGCGAGGAGCUCUCUUUAUAUGGCUCUGCUCAAAACAAUGCAGAAUCAGCUCAGAGGUCUUUCUCAUUUGCAGUCAGGGAUUCUUUGGUUAAUGUUGGUCCUUUGAAGGAUUUCUCCUACGGGCUAAGGAUAAAUGCAGAUGCAAAUGCUACUGGAAUCGCUAAACAGAGUAAUUAUGAACUGGUGUGCUGUUCGGGUCAUGGGAAGAAUGGUGCACUCUGUGUUCUUCGUCAGUCAAUUCGUCCAGAAAUGAUUACUGAGGUUGCACUACCAGGUUGCAAGGGAAUUUGGACUGUUUACCACAAGAAUGCACGUGGUCAUAAUGCUGAGUCUUAUGAUGAUGAGUAUCAUGCAUUUUUGAUAAUAAGUCUGGAGGCUCGUACAAUGGUACUUGAAACAGCUGAUCAUCUGAGUGAAGUCACAGAUAAGGUUGACUAUUUUCUUCAAGGGAGAACAAUUGCGGCCGGGAAUUUGUUUGGAAGGCGUCGAGUUGUGCAGAUCUAUGAAAGGGGUGCUCGAAUUCUAGAAGGCUAUUAUAUGACUCAGGACUUAAGCUUUGGUGCGUCAAACUCUGAAUCAGGCAGCGGUUCUGAGAGUGCCACAGUGUUGUCUGUUUCUAUUGUUGAUCCAUAUGUGUUGCUGAGAAUGUCUGAUGGUGGUAUUCGGCUUCUGGUUGGAGAUCCUUCUUCGUGCACUGUUUCUGUAAGCAACCCAGCCGCCUUCGAGAGCUCAAAGAAAUUAGUAUCUGCCUGUACACUGUAUCAUGAUGAAGGACCUGAGCCCUGGCUCCGGAAGUCAAGUACUGAUGCUUGGCUUUCUACAGGCAUUGAUGAGGCCAUUGAUGGUGUAUUACAUGACCAGGGUGAUGUAUAUUGUGUCAUUUGUUAUGAAAGCGGCUCCCUUGAAAUAUUUGAUGUACCAAAUUUUAAUUGUGUCUUCUCUGUGGAGAAAUUUGUAUCUGGGAAGCCGCUCCUAGUUGACACAUUUAUGGGAGACCCACAAAAGAGCCAAAGCUCUGAAGAAGUGAGCGGCCUGAGCAGGAAAGAGAAAUUACAGAAUAUGAGGGUUGUAGAGCUGACCAUGCAAAGAUGGUCAGGGCAGCACAGCCGACCUUUCCUUUUCGGGAUAUUGAAUGAUGGAAUGAUUUUUUGUUACCAUGCGUACUUGUAUGAAAGUAUGGACAGUACUUCAAAAACUGAAGUUUCAGCUUCAUCACAAAAUACUACUGCUUCCAGGCUUAGAAAUUUGAGAUUUGUUCGUGUCCCCUUGGACACAUAUUCUAGGAAUGACUUGUCAAAUGGAACUUCAUGUCAAAGAAUGACUGUUUUCAAGAAUAUUGCUGGUAAUCAAGGGUUAUUCCUUGCUGGGUCAAGGCCAGCUUGGCUUAUGGUUUUCAGAGAGAGGAUUCGUGUUCAUCCACAGCUUUGUGAUGGUUCAAUUGUUGCGUUCACUGUUCUUCACAAUGUUAACUGUAAUCAUGGACUCAUCUAUGUUACCUCAGAGGGUAUUAUGAAGAUCUGCCAACUGCCAUCUAUUACAAGCUAUGACAAUUAUUGGCCUGUGCAAAAGAUUCCGUUGAAAGGGACUCCUCACCAGGUCACUUACUUUGCCGAGAAGAAUUUAUACCCGCUUAUAGUUUCCAUCCCUGUUCAGAAGCCACUGAAUCAAGUUCUAUCAUCUUUGGUUGAUCAAGAAUUUAGCCAUCAGGUUGAGAAUCAUAAUUUGAGUCCUGAAGAACUACACCGGACUUAUACUGUUGAUGAAUUUGAGGUUCGGAUUAUGGAGCCAGAAAAGUCUGGUGGUCCUUGGCAAACUAGGGCUACUAUUCCAAUGCAAACUUCUGAAAAUGCUCUUACCGUUCGCGUAGUUACACUGUUUAAUACAACGACAAAAGAGAACGAAACACUUUUAGCGAUUGGGACGGCUUAUGUUCAAGGGGAGGAUGUUGCUGGUAGAGGACGGGUUCUUUUAUUUUCAGCUGAAAAUAAUGUUGACAAUCCUCAAAACUUGGUUUCAGAGGUUUUCUCCAAGGAAUUGAAAGGUGCCAUAUCUGCAUUGGCCUCGCUUCAAGGCAAUCUAUUAAUAGCUUCUGGUCCUAAAAUUAUCUUACACAAGUGGACUGGUAGUGAUCUGACUGGUAUUGCAUUUUUUGAUGUUCCACCGUUGUAUGUUGUGAGCUUGAAUAUUGUCAAGAAUUUCAUUCUCAUUGGUGACAUUCACAAAAGCAUUUACUUUCUCAGUUGGAAGGAGCAGGGAGCUCAACUCAAUUUAUUGGCCAAGGAUUUCGGUAACCUUGAUUGUUUUGCCACAGAGUUUUUGAUUGAUGGAAGUACUCUGAGCCUUGCAGUUGCAGAUGCACAAAAGAAUAUUCAGAUUUUGUACUAUGCACCAAAGAUAUCUGAGAGUUGGAGGGGCCAGAAGCUUCUUACAAGGGCUGAAUUCCAUGUCGGUGCCCAUGUGACCAAGUUCUUGCGGUUACAGAUGCUGUCAACUUCAUCUGAUCGAACCGGAAAAAAUCCAGGCUCGGACAAAACAGUUCGUUAUGCUUUGUUAUUUGGUACCCUGGAUGGUGGCAUAGGUUCUAUUGCCCCUCUAGAGGAGUUGACAUUCCGAAGAUUACAGUCAUUACAGAAUAAGCUUGUUGAUGCCGUUCCCCAUGUCGCUGGUUUGAAUCCAAGAUCUUUCCGCCAGUUUCGUUCAAAUGGAAAAGCUCAUCGGCCAGGCCCUGAUAGCAUUGUUGACUGCGAGCUACUAUUCCAUUAUGAGAUGCUUUCAUUGGAGGAACAGCUCGAGAUUGCUCAACAGAUAGGGACAACUCGGCUUCAAAUUCUUUCAAACUUGGACGACCUCUCUCUGGGAACGAGCUUCUUAUGAUUGUAGCAAAUUUGAAGGAGCUUGCAGGGUGGAACCCGUUAUAUUUCUGUUACUGCAUCCCUGGCAGCGGGCAUCACCCUCAUUGUUUAUGGUUGGGCGAACUGAAAACUAGUCACAAGUUUUAGGUGAUGCAAUUGAGAGAUGCUUGCUAACAAUAUCAGCUAGUGCUAAUAAGUCGUUUCCUUUCAAGGAAAGGUUUUCUUAGUUAUUAACCGUAGGCUGAGUUCUGUCCUCUGCUAAUAUUCACCUGAAAAGACAUCACGGUGAUAUUGCCAGUAGUUUAGCAAACAGCGGACCUCGUUAGCACUUGCACUUGAAUUUGUUGGGGAGAAUGAUAUAUACCAUUUGUGUAAUUAGAACAGGUAACGGGUAAGAGGUGGAGGGAGAAAAAAAAGUAGGGGAUAUUUGCAUUAUUGAUGAGAUCGAAGUUUUUGUAGUAGCAGCUUUGGUUAUGCAAGUUGUCAAUGGUG